UGUAUCACUGGGAAUAAACCGGAGAUAAAAACACAGUAUAAAAGCAUCAUUUCAAAGCCAUGUUUCGUGACCACAGUGAUCAAGUGCAAAUCUUAAGCCUCGCAAAUGGCUACAGCGUACUUCAGGCAUCUUAUGAACGCCUUAAAGAUCGUUCUUGUUGGAGAUGCAGAAGUCGGGAAAACAUGGUUGGUUUCUCGAGCAAAGGAGCUCUACGCCACUUUACACGAUUACUACAGUUUAAUGAAGGAACCUUUUGAUUAUGAUUUGGUUUAUUCUCCGACCGUUUUUGAAACAUGCUUUAGCAACAUAGACACUACACAACUUGGUAAUUAUCAGACGAAUAUCUGGGACACUGGCGGCUGUGCUAUCCUCGACUGGCAGAGGCCCUUGGCGUACAUUCGUGCCGAUGUCUUUAUGUUGUGCUUUGAUGUAUCUAAUCGUGAAUCGUUUUGUAGCGUCACAGAAAGGUGGCUACCCGAACUUCGAAAAUAUGAACCUGAUACGCCGGUUCUUAUUGUUGCUACGAAGGCUGAUCUUCGAGACCAAACUGCAAGGUAAGUAAUUUUUCAAGGAAACAGCCGGAUUAUCGCCCCCCUCCCCUCCCCCCUUCCUCCCCGCGUUCGCCCCCCUUCUCCGAUUUCAAUCAUGAUUAGGAUUAAGUACUGACCAUAGUGAUUCGGGCUAAGCGCUGAUAAUACUGAUUUGGAUUAAACUAAUUAUAAAGAACCAUCUAAAGAGCUUUGUCAUUUUAUAAAUAUUUCUUCUAGUCUUUUUAAAUUGUCUUUUUAUUUUGACAUUAGACUUCACUGGACAUGUCUACAAUAAUACAGAGCUCUUGCCAGCUCUCAGCUGGGCAAGAUUUGUGAUAAUUCAAAGUUUUCUCAAUGCUUGGGGCACCUUAACUGAACAUUAUAUCAUUAUUUAGGUUUGGUGUCCUAGGAGACCGCAUACAUCCUGGAAAUUUUUCACUCGACACAAUAUUUUGUUGCUACAAGCUUGACCCCUUAUACUGAAACUUUACCUUGUAUUGUUUUCAAAUAAAGUGUAUUGGUCGACUGAUUUAUCGAUUGAUCUCAAUCAUGUGUAGAUCACAUCAUUUUUAAGAACGGUCAAAAAGUGAAACCUCAAUGUGACAACCCCUUUUUAAUGAAGUCCUUGUUUUAAUGAACAAUUUUCUUCACCCUAGUGAUAGUAAAAAGUAUUAUGGAAAACAUGUUGUUGUAUUUUUUGGAUUUUGUUUUUAAUAUUUUUGCACUGUAUGGAAGUCCCAACCUGUACUCUGUCUUAUUCUACCCCUUUGUACAUCUCCCUAGCCUUUUCCUAAACACUGUAUCGCAUGCAAUCAUAUUAUUUCUUUUAGAAAACAAAUUUCAAGACUCAAAACAAAAUUUAAAAUGAAAUCGAAUAUUUCAUUCGAAUAGUUGAACUUCAUUAGUGAUGUGAAAUGUCAGAUGGCAUACAGAAAGGCUGUUAUGUACACUGUAUUUCCAGGAACAUAUUGUUGAUGGCAAUGUUAGGUAACCUGACAUUUCAUGGUAAGGCUGAUGAAGUUUGAGCAAUCUAAACAAAUUAUGUGCUCUUGCUUACAUGUAUAACUUUUGCUCUGAGCCUUGAAAUUUGUAUACUAAAUGUCUUUUCGAGAGCCGAUUUAAAAACCUUUUUUGUAAUAUUAUUAAUUUUCUUGUCAUCUUGUAGCAGUGGUGAGUGUUAUGACAUUGUAUCAGUUAGUGAAGCAGAAACGUUGGCAGAGAAGUUGGGUGUCCUGUACCAAGAGGUCAGUGCACAGACUGGUGAUCAUGUGGCAGAUGCUUUUGAAGCUGCUGUCAAGCUUGGGCAUACCAGAAGAAACCAGCAGGGUAAACUGUCACAGAAGAUCGGCGAUAAAGACAGCUUUGAUCCAACUUGGAUUCCACCAAUGAGUGAGUAGCAAAAAGUUAUGUUCUUGGUGUCAGCCUGAGAAAACAGCUGACAAUUCGGCUAUGGCUAGGAACUACAAUUUACCACCGAAAAAAAAAUCUUUGAACCACGAAAAAAACAUCAGAAAAAAUUUAAAAGUGUAUUGAAAGGUCAUGUUUGUUUAUUCAUUAAAAUAUUAAAUUUUUUUUAAAUAAUCUGUAUCAUCACUCAAAUCAAGUGUACAAAUAUAGAAGACAAUCAGGUUUUCUCCACUCAAGACAAUUGCAACUUAGAUCAAGAUCCACCCUCUUUUUGGAAAUUGUGUCUUGAAGUAAGUUUUUAUUUUAGAAAAGGCCAGCAACACAAUUUCAUUGUUACUGAAUCAUCAUUAUUGCCACCAUUGUCACUUCCUUUAACAUCGUUAAUGUCAUUGUCAUUGUUAUUGCAUUAAUGACUUCUUUCUUAAUUCUUAUUCUUACAGAGUCCCCCCCAGAAAUCAAGAUUGAACCUUCAACCUACUCUAGUGAUUUCAAGAAAGUCAUGGAUGACACUGGAAGUGCUGAUGUUUUAUUUCAAUUUGAAGAUGGCAGUGCAAGCCUUUAUGCACACAAAAUCAUUUUGUUGUUAACUCCUUCCAUCUUUAAAGAUGUUUUACUUGAUGCAAAUUGCAACAACUUUGAAAAUCUCAAAGAUCUUCUUGAGCUAAUCGAAAUCUCCAAGGAUUCUAAUGAAAUAGCUCCUGAUAACACUCACUCAAAAAUUUCUACUCAAGUUAGAACUUGCAUACUCUUGAAAAGUUGGAUUUCUCGUGAAACCUUUGUCAGAGUUUUGGAAUUUUUCUACACUGGUGAGGCAGGAAUUUUAAAAGUCACAGAACUCAACAAAGUUAAAGACAUUUUAGCAGCCUCAGAGAAAUUAAAAGUCCAGCCGUUAGUGGAAGUGUGCAACUAUUUUUUGAAACCUGUCAGUGCCAAAAAGGAAAAUUUAGAUCACUCAGAUAAAGAGCUUGUGCCACUACAACCAACAACACAACGCCCGUGUGUUGUCCAUGAUCUGUUUCUGGACUUGCAAGCAACAACAUUUUCUGAUGUCUCAUUUCUUGUGGAGGAUACAGUGGUUCGUGCUCACAAGGCCAUCGUUAUGGCAAGAUCACCCUAUAUCGCUGCCCUUCUCAGUGGAAACUUCAAGGACACAGAGAGUGCCCAGGUAUAUGACGUAGUUUGUGACGUUAUUUAUUAGGUCCACAAACCAUACUUUAAGUUUUUGUUUCGUGCAGUAACAAAGAUAAAAAAUCAAAAGUGUUUCAUAUGAAAACAGUCUUUGUUACUUUUAAACGUUUCUCUUCGUUCCAGGAUAUUUUGUUUUGAAGAAAAAGUUGAUAUUUUUAAUCAAAUAAGUCACUUAUCUACCCUGGUCCCAGAGGUUUUUCUUGUAAUUAUUCUUCUUUACGAAUGAGAGAGCCAGCUGUGAAGUGGUGACAACGAGUCACAAAGUGGCGAGGAGAGAGAGAAAAAGCUCCGGUUACCUUGCCCUCGAAUCUCACUUUCAUGCAGACAACAGGGUCAUGAUCUGACUCGCGGCCAGUGAAUGGUUGAUAUUUUUACAAACAUACAAAUCAAUUUGAUUGGUUUGUUUGAUUGUAACUACCAAAGGGACGUUGAGGAUAUUUCUCACCUCAUUUAUUAUGGUAAAUUUUGCCUCUCUGCACUAGGGAAAAAAAUUGUUUGUAAAAUAAAUGAAACUGCAAGAGGUGACUCUCCUCACUGUUUCACGACUCUGUUGCGGCUUUGCGGCUAGCUCUCUCUUUUGUGAAGAAAAAUUCCAAGAAAAACGUUUGGGACCAGGGUUUCACUCAUUACAGUUCAGAAGAAAUAGUUAUUAAGAAAUGUUCAUAGUAAGUUUGGAAAUUUUUUUCUGCCAAACUUAAUGCUAAUGAAGAAAUUCCUUCGUUUUCGCUCAUUUGCACUGGACUCGGCACAUGUGAAUUGUGGCAUUUUGAGCCAAACCUGGGAGGGUUUUAAAUUUUGCAAACUUUUCUGCAGAAGUCCCCCCUGACAUUUGGAUAGUCAUCCACAAGUUAUGAUCUCCUUGCUAAGACCCUUGUCACAACAUGUACCUUCUAACCUCGGACAUAAUUAUUUGUUUGAUUAUUCCAGGUGCAUCUGCAAGAAAUCGACUGCCAAAGUUUUUUGGCUGUCCUUGAAUACCUAUACACUGACAGUUGCCCUUCAUUGGAAAAGGUUCCUGCGGAGGAAGUACUUAUUGUUGCAGAUAAGCUGUGUCUGUCUCGCCUGGUGCAGAUAUGUGAAGUUCACAUACGGAAAGAAUUACAGAAGGUCAUAACUCAGAAAUGCUCCAGUGUAGCCAAUGAAUUCAUGGAUACUCUAGCUUUCUCGAAGGUAUACAAUUAAUUCAAAUAGUGAGAAGUAGGCAGCCCGGGGUCAAUUUAAUAAAACUUUACAAGUGGCUAUGUAAUUUACUAGUGUAGCUAUCAUUUUACGGUCUGAAAACAUUUGCUACAUUUGUAAAUUACACUUGUAAAAGUUUUAUAAAAUUGACCCCAGAUUAGAAUUUGGCACACGCCCUGCCCUGCCGUCCGCUCCCCCCCCCCCCCCCCCCCCCCCCCCCCCCCCUUUUUUAUGUCUGUAAACAUUUGGUACAAUUUUAAAAUAAAAUUUUAAAAAGUUUAAAAAAAUGGACCCCGAUUUAAAGUUUGCACCCGCCCCGCCCUGGCGGCCCGUCCCCCCCCCCCCCCAUGCAACUCUUUUGUCUAGUACAACUUAUCAACUUAUUCAUUAUUAUCUUACUCUCUCCUCCCAGGUAUUCAAUGCUAAGCAACUGACCAAGUGCUGCCUCCAUUUUAUAGCCUUUAACUUCAAGUAUUUUCAGGGGAUUGGAAAGGAGCUUCACUCUGUCGUCAAAGAAAACAAAGAAUUCUUUGAAGAACACCGCUGGCCACCUCAAGAGUAUAUGCAGGCGCUGGAAAAGUACAAACAUAGCACUUUGAGAAAAAGACUUCAUGUACGGCGCAAAUCAGUUUCGUGCAUGUCCCGCAGGUGUAGUGUGAUGUAAAGAAACCACAAGAAAUUCAAAAUCAAAACACAAAUAAUUCUUUCUUGCCACUGGUGUCAUAAAAUGUAAUUGGUCAGGAGAUUUGCUGGGCCUCAGUAUAACUCUGUCACCUGUUUGUAAUCGCAU